UUGCAAGUCGAAAGAUCAUGUCUACGCGCAAGUAUGCAGUCGAAUUUCUGGGGAUUCCUUCUAUUCAUGCUCUAGGCAAAGACCUGACUGUCACCUUGGAGUACAGUAACAGCUUUCGGACACAGCCUGGUGAUGAAGUCGUACUAAUUCCAGUAGGAUGGAAAAGCUUGAGUGAGGGGAGAUCUACAUUGCAACCAAGAAAUAGUACCAGUUUCGUCAUCCCUACGGCCGAGCUAUCGUGCGAUGACCCUGAAACAACCUUUCACCUUCUCUACGUGCAAAAUGGAGUCGUGUUCGGUGCGAGCAAUCCAUUUUUAGUGGGAAUUCCAUGUGAUGAGGAUUCUCUACCAUGCGAAUCUAUCGAUUCCUACACAAUUCUGGUGCAUUCUGGCCGAGAGCAGGGAGCAGAGGAACUCCCACAAAAGCGUCGUCGUGGCAACAUUCACGCGGCAGGGUCAGAGUACAUCGAGGCUUCGAGCAAGGGUGAUGAGGACAUUUCUAAAUCUGAUGAAACACGCAAACGAGGUGGCAGUGUCAGCAGUAUUAAUGCUAGUAAAUGUUUUCACCGAUCAGUCAGCAACAUCAGCACAGAUGAUGAAAGCUUUGUCAUCACAGACAUGCCACCGAGUCGCCCAGACACCCAAUCGGAAGAAAAUCAGCUUCAAGUGAUGGUGACUCAAGUCAUGAGGGAAAAGGACGAAGUUUCCAGAUUGUUUCGACGGGAAAGAAACAUCGCAGAGCAACAAGAAAAGAAAAAUGAGGAUCUAAGGCGUGCACAUGAUGCCCUGGCAGAGGAGAACUUGGAACUGAAAAGGAAACUGCAGGAGAAAGACGGCAAACUUUUGUCUCUCCAGAAAAGUUACAGUGAAAAGGACCAGAAAUUGAGUCACACAAGUGAUGACUGUGUUGAUCAGUCUCCAUGGCUUCAAACUAGAAAGAUUGUUGAUGAGUUGAUCAGUAAGGAGACAGUAAAGCGACCACCGCCAUAUUUACCUCCUUCUUUCAUUUUACCUCAGCCAUGGAUUGAAAUAGAUCAACCUGCAGCAGCAGUUGACCAACAACGUUCAAAGGCACACAUUGUGAGCAGAUGUAAUGAGCCAGUGGCUACAAGUGACCUAAAUGAUUAUGAACAAUACCAGUGUCCCAUGUGUCCACUGACAUUUGAAGAAGUUAAUUCAGCUGCAUUUCAACAGCAUGUGCACAGCCAUUUCAAUGAGUGAGAGUCUCUACACAUACUGAAAUCUAACUCGGACAAGAACAAUAUCCCCAUCUCUCGAUGCAGCUUGAAUUGAACUAGAGACUUGCAUGGUUUUGAAGAACAGAAACAGACAUAUUUCUCUUAUUUAUUGACCUAUUUAUUAGAUACUGACAACUUUAUAUGUGUUUGAAGAAAUGGCAAAUUCUAAUAUAAAAAAUUGUUGGACAUUUACUGU